CAGACAGGGCAUAUCACAAUGCGCUUCUUGAUCGCUCUAUGCUUUUUGUUGGUCGGGUGCUUCUACCUGGCGGGUGCCUCUUCCACCGCGGAUCCAAGUACAACCACCACCGACUCCACGGCCACCACCACCACCACAGCCUCGUCAAGCGCCACCACCACUACUUCCUCCUCUUCUAGUGCCACCACUUCGUCUCCAUCAUCCUCCUCGAGCUCGGGUGCGGAGGCAAAACGCCGUAGACGUGCACGACGCCGGCGGCUGGCUCGCGAGCGUCGCCGUCGCCAAGAAAGAAGACAGCGCCAAGAAAAGCGAAGGCGCAGGAUGGAGCAGCUACUCGAGAGACAGCGUCGAUUAAUCCGACAGUUGCAGGGAUAAUUAUGACGGUGUUAUAAUGUAUAUUAUUUAUAUAAGUUUAUCGAUCGUUAUUAAAUUGAAUUGAAUUAAAAAACGAGAAA